AAAAUUUUAUAUUUAUUUUAUUAAAGAGAGUUUUGUCUUAUAUAAAAAAAAUCAUAGAAUUAUUAAAUCUGAAUAUUUAAAUUUAUCUUAUUGAUCAAUAUUCAUUUUUAAUAAAAAAAAUAUAUUAUUUAUAUUUAUUUAAUUAUCAAGCUAACAUGGCCACAGAAGAGGUACAAAAACAAUUUCAACGAGAACUAGACGCUUUUAAACAAUGUCAAAAAGAAGUAAAUCAAUUAGCAAGUAUGCGCCAACAACUUGACGGCCAGUUAAAUGAAAACUCCAUUGUAAAAGAAGAACUAGGAUUAUUAAAGCCUUCUGGUGAAGUGUUUAAAAUGGUUGGCCCUAUAUUAUUACGCCAAGACCAUACUGAAGCUAAAGAAAAUAUAGAAAAACGAAUGAGUUACAUAAAGAAUGAAUUGAAAAGAAUUGAUGAUCGAAUUCAAACUUUAGAAAAUAAACAAGAUGAACACCGUGAUAAAUUAACUAAAUUACAACAGCAGUUUCAAGCUCAACAAGAGAAAAAGUGAUUUAUUUUAUUAUAUUAUAUUAUUAAUGAAUCUUGAACUUUGUUAUGAUUAACCUGUUAAUAAAUAUUAACUAGAAUGUCAUAAAUAUUUCAACUGUAAAGAAAUUGAAAACAUUUUUUCUUGCACUAUAUAAAUUGAGGUAUAUAUAUUAAAUUUACUUAAUAAUUUACUUUUUUAUAUAUAAUUUAUAAUAUUUUUUAACUCCUAAGUCAGAUAUG